CGAAAUAAAUGUGGGUAAAUUUCGGAGGUUAGGUGUGUUCGCUAGAUGUGUUUAUGUUCAUUUAAGGCCAGCGGUUUCAAACCCUCACCAGCCGACAUCUUCAUUGAAGAAUAAAACACAGCAAAAUUUUGGCAAUUAUUUCGCCUGCUUGCUGCCGGUUUGGUAUGUUAUUUGUCCACAAAAAGCUUCCUUUUUAAUUGGAGACUCUUUUCAUCGCCACAAGUCAAUGACGAUGGGUACCCGCCUAGUUUUGCGGAGUUUACUCAACGAACUUUCAUUAGUUCGGAAAUGCUUUUCAACAUCCAGUAACUGCAAGCUUCGUAGGGGUCGCUUGUAUCAAAACGCCAGAUGUUCUGCGAGCUUUUUUGGUUCAUCAGCUGUGGAAAAUCAACAAUCUCAUCAGGAAGAAAGCAGAGAAGAACGUUUUCGUAAACAACGGAGAAAUAUAGGGCUCAUCAUCGGAUCAUCUGUCGGCCUGAUUAGUUCGCUGUAUUUUUUAUUCAGGAGACUCAAUCAAGCUCGUGCCGAAGGGAAAAAUCUUCCUAUUGAUUUUAAAACUGAUAGAAACGUGGUUGAAACUCAAGACAAGGGAGAGGACGAGACAGAAGGUAAACGGAAGAAGGAUAAACGUGGAUUUAAAGAGAGAAGGAUUAUUGAGUAUGAAAAUCGAAUCAGACAAUACAGCACUCCAGACAAGGUUUUCAGAUACUUUGCAACACUAAAAGUUGUGCAUAUUGGUGAGGACAAUGAUGUGUUCAUGACACCUGAGGAUUUUGUGAGAUCAUUGACCCCAGGAAAAAUACAACCUGCUGGAUUGGGACUUGAUGAACAUGAAAGAUUUAAUCCUGAGAAACACAAGUAUAAAGGAGAGCUUUCUGAACACUUGGGCCAGGACAGUGUUUUCCUGAGGAUGGGAGAACAUGGGCUUAUUUCGUUCUCUGACUAUAUUUUUCUUCUAACAGUGUUAUCAUUACCUCCCAGAAUGUUUGAAAUUGCAUUCCAAAUGUUUGAUUUAAAUGGAGAUGGGGAAGUUUCACCAGAGGAAUUUGAAAAGGUUCAGAAUAUCCUUUUUAGCAUGACUCAAACUGGGAUGCGGCAUCGUGAUCAUGUAGUGACAGGCAGUGUUCUAUCUGCUCAUGUGAACAGUGGUAUCAAAGAAUACUUCUUUGGAAAAGAUUUGAAGAAGAGGCUAACUGUGCAAAGAUUUAUAGAGUUUCAAAAGAAUUUACAACAAGAAGUCAUGUAUCUAGAGUUCAAUUCCUAUGACCCUGAGAAUGGCUGCAUUAAAGAAUGGGAGUUUGCAGACAUGCUUCUUACUUACUCUAGUUUCCAUGAAAAGAAGAAGGUGAAAAUUCUGAGGAAAGUAAAGAAAUAUUUUAAAGAAAAUCCUCAGGGAAUAACAUUCAAAGAUUACUUGGCAUUCUUCAGCUUCAUGAGAAACAUUUCUGAAGCAGAUAUGGCUUUGAGUUUUCAUAAUGCAGCAGGCAAAGCUAUUGAUCCAGCAACAUUCAAGCAAGUUGCGAAGACAGUGACAGAUGUUAAUUUGAGUGAUAAUGUGGUUGAUGUUGUAUACAAGAUGUUUGAUGAAAAUGAUGAUGGAGUUCUUAGUCACAGAGAAUUUAUUGUUGUGAUGAAGAAUCAACUUGUCAGAGGAUUAGAAAAUCCAAAGGAUACAGGUUUUAGUAGACUGAUGCAGGCCAUUUGGCACUGUGGAAAACACUUUGCAUAUACCACUCUGCAUGGUAAGAAACAAUCUGCUGAGGACUAGAUGAUAAUCAUGUUGAACUCAAAGAUCAGAAUGAACACAGUGCCAGGAAAAUUGAUUUGUUGCUUGUCAGUGUAGAGUAAAUUACAAAUUAGUGAAAGGAUUUAAUGGAAGGAGCGAGGUCCAUGUACUAGCUUGCAACAAUAGUGUACAUUAGCUGUCAUCUUCAAAUGUUCAGAAACAGUUGUCUUUGGAGAACUGACUGAAUGUGAUCAGUGGGUAUGAAAAAUGCAAAUGAUUGUGAAUUCCAAGUAUUGACCAUUAUGGCUAGUAACUUGCUCAUGGCACUGGAAAUUUGCCUGUUUGUUUCAUGUACAAAUGUAACUGUGGAAUUGUUUGUCAGUCAGAAAAAGACAUGAAUUUGAGCAAACUUUACAAAAAAGUACAAAUUUUGUAUUUAGUGUAGUUCUUUGAUUGUACAUUGACUUGAAUUAACUUGAAAUAGCUUGUGGGUUUCAGGAAAGAGUGAAUUGUUUGUAAAUCAGAAAAAUGUGUGAAUUUAAAUAAACUUUCCA